AUGCCCGGCGUCCAGACAGGAUCCAAAUCUGACGCCAUCACGAAGCUCAACAGCACCUCCAAGCUCCCGGAUCUAGAACCUACAAGCACGGCCUUCAAAGUACACCAGCCCGUCUUCGGCGCGCCGUCGUCGACCGUGAUAGAAAGGACGGUAGCACAGGUACAGCCGGAGUCGGGGGAAUUUACCAGGGCCGCGCAAGCAAACGGACAGGGACCGAUAACACCGACAACCGCACCGGCAGCCUCAGCGCCAGCGGUUCUCCACGGCGACAAGCGCGCAAUGGAGUAG